AUGACUUACCCCAACGAAGUCUUCACCGCCUUCGCCUUCAUUGGCUUCCUCAUGUGCGCGAUUCCGUUCCCAUGGCACUUUGAAGCAUGGAACACUGGAACUUGUCUCUACAUGGCCUGGACAGGCCUUGCCUGCCUCAACCAGUUUAUCAAUUCCAUCAUCUGGAAUGACAAUGCCAUUAACUGGGCACCAGUUUGGUGCGACAUCUCCGCCAAAUUCAUCGUCGGAACCGCGGUUGCAAUUCCCGCCGCCUCGCUUUGCAUCAAUCGCCGUCUGUACCACAUCGCGUCGGUCCGCUCUGUGACCAUUACCAAGGCGGAGAAGCGUCGUGCGAUCAUGGUUGACCUUGCUAUCGGUCUCGGUUUGCCCAUCUUGGAGAUGAUCCUCCAAUACAUCCCUCAAGGUCAUCGCUUCAACAUCUUCGAGAAUAUUGGCUGCUAUCCCUUCACCUACGACACCUGGGUCGCCUACCUCCUUGUCUCCUUCCCUCCCAUCGCCAUUGGCCUCGUAUCUGCCGUCUACGCCAUCAUGAGUAUCAUCGCCUUCAACAAGACCCGCUCGCAGUUUAACGAGCUCCUCUCGAACCACAGCAACCUCACGUCGAGCCGUUACUUCCGCCUCAUGUGCCUCGCUGGCAUCGAAGUGCUCUGCACCGUCCCGCUUGGUGCCUACGCUGUAUACCUCAACGCCGCCGACCACGGUAUCCGUCCCUGGAAGGGCUGGGCUGACACCCACGCUGGAUUCUCCCGCGUCGACCAGUUCCCGGCCAUGCUCUGGCGUCGCGACCACAUCACCGAGAUUUCGCUCGAGCUUACCCGUUGGCUCUGCGUCAUAUGCGCCGCCGUCUUUUUCGCGUUCUUCGGCUUCGCUGACGAGGCGCGCAAGAACUAUCGCUCCGCCAUCCAGUCCGUCGCCAAGAAGGUCGGCAUCUCCACUAUCGGGUCGUUCAGCGCCGGCCAGUCUUCGACCGGCGCCGUCAGCUCGAACGGAGAGAAGAGCAAGGGCGUCACGUCUUCGAGCGGCAAGGUCCGCCCUACCAUUCCCGUCUUCGUCCACCGCGAGAUGCUCCAGCGCCACGAUUCGCUCGACUCGUUCUCGAAUAUGUCGCUCUCAAUUGCCGACGUCGGAGGCACCCUCAACGAGAAGAAGGGAGACGAGAAGUCCGAGGUCGCCUUCUCUACUACCCUUUCCUACGGCGGCAUCACCCUUACCGAUGUCGGCGGCACCCUUGCAGACUACCAGGACGGCCCCUACUCGCCUGCUCCUUCAUCGGGAUCAUCAUCGGCCUCAAGCAUCUCAUCACCUUCACCCGCUAUUACACGCCAGAACUCCGACGCCAACAUCGAGAUCUCAUCUCUCCGAUGCGAUUCUCCCAUCUCUUCUUCACCUGCCUCAUCACCAACGCCCGUUGAAAAGGCCCACACACAUGACGUUGUCUGA